CACACACACACACACACACAGAGCUCCCAUUGUUGCAGCCUUCCCCAGCCCACUGAUCCUAAUAUGGAAUGCGGCAGGAAACCCAUGAUUUCCUGACACUCUGCAAGCUGGAGGAAGCAAGGGGGAAACUCCAUUAAAAAGCCCAGCUUUCCUCCAUGUUAGAUGUGAAGGGGAAAUGGGGAAGAUUUAGCGAAGUCUGCUGAGGCUCGAGCCAGGCUGGGGCUGGGGAGAGCAGCAUGAAGCCCUCAGGUUACUGAAAUUUCUCAGCUGCCUGGAAGCCUCCAGAAUUCUGCGGAAAUGAGGGUUUCCUAGUUCAAACUAACAGGGGCCAAGGACAGCCUCUUCUCAUCAUGCCCCCAAGUGUGUGUCACCUUCCUCUACCCGGACGGUAAGCAGCAGAGCCGGUGCCCGCCUGGCACUCGCCUGCCUGAUCUAAGGUAGGAGAAGGAAGACAGAGUGAGGCCAGCCUGCGGCUCCCUGCCCACCACUUCAGUGCUCUGGCAGCAGUUCCAACAUCUGGAGCCGCAAGAAUGAACUGCAAAGAGGAAAGUGACAGCCACUGCAGCUGUGGUGGCCAGGACAACGAGAAGAAGAUGCUGAAGUGUGUGGUGGUCGGGGACGGCGCGGUGGGGAAGACCUGCCUGCUGAUGAGCUACGCCAACGAUGCCUUCCCCGAGGAGUAUGUGCCCACUGUGUUUGACCACUACGCAGUUACUGUGACAGUGGGAGGCAAACAGCACUUGCUCGGACUGUAUGACACUGCGGGACAGGAGGACUACAACCAGCUGAGGCCGCUGUCCUACCCCAACACUGACGUGUUCUUAAUCUGCUUCUCUGUUGUCAACCCCGCCUCAUACCACAACGUCCAGGAAGAAUGGGUCCCGGAGCUGAAGGACUGCAUGCCUCAUGUGCCUUAUGUCCUCAUAGGGACCCAGAUUGAUCUCCGCGAUGACCCCAAAACCUUGGCCCGUCUGCUGUAUAUGAAAGAGAAGCCUCUGACUUACGAACACGGUGUGAAGCUUGCGAAAGCGAUUGGAGCACAGUGCUACUUGGAAUGUUCGGCCCUGACUCAGAAAGGUCUUAAAGCGGUUUUUGAUGAAGCCAUCUUCACUAUUUUCCACCCCAAGAAAAAGAAGAAGCGGUGCUCUGUUCGGUGCAGCUGCUGUUCGGUGGUCUGAAGUCGCUCGCGUGCCACCUGCACUCCAGCCGGGGCAGGGAGGUCAGCGGGCAACCUCUGCCCGCAGCUCCAGCCAGAAAAGAAGGCAUCACAGAGAGGACGUCCUGCCCCCGCAGGAGCUCUCGGAGCAGCACCCUGGUCCACCACCUGCCCCCUCCUUUUCAGCCAGAAGCACCCACCCUGCACCUAUCUGCCUCCUCCCCGGCCCUGGAAUGAUAUUCGGACAGGCCUGCUGCCGAGCACGGCAGACACACAGCCAGAGGCCGUGUUGCGUUUUGCAUGUCCUGUUCCCAGGAGCCUCGAACUGCUGGAAAGUGUCCCGGAGAAACCAAAAGAGGAACUUGGGUCCUGUGCUGGCAGCCCUACUCCAUGUCUUCUACAAAACUUAGAGCCUGACACUAGCCUUUUUUCCCUGAAACUGCUGUUUUCACCCAUGUGUCUUACUUAGAUUUGUGUUACUUCAAAAACUCUCCAAUGGCCUCAGGUUCUACAAAUCCAUACCAAAGUAGCCUGAAGACAAGGUGAUUUGUGUUCAUUUCCAUUUUUGGCAGGUUUCUACCAAAAUUAUUGGAACCAACAUAUACCUCUGAAUGCCUGGUUAUAAGAUACAAGAAAACUUUUAAGCUUCUGGAAACUUACAAUGCCAUACUUUUUUAGCCUGUUUUAAAAAAAAAAAAAUCUGAAUUAGUAUAGAUCCACAUAUUUUUCCAAAGACUCGCCCUACAAAAGCUUAAAUUGUAGAUAGGCUGCUUUUUUUCAUAUAUUGCCAUGGCUAACCAAAAAUAAACUGUAUUUAAGAAAGUAACAUUUCUGCUUUUCAUACAAACUGAUUGGGGAAAGAGAACAGCAGAAAUAACUCUCUGAAAGUAUCCUUCAUUCUUCAAAGUAGCUCUCCUGCUCUCUCCCUUCCCCGAGAAACCCUUUUCCACCCAUGGAUCUGCACUUCCUCCCAGCCCUGUUCCUUUUGUUCCUCCCAACACAGUAGUAGCCUGGCCUCUAAGAAAGAUCUAGACCCCAGAUGCGAGAAGCCAAAGUUCCACAAUCCCCUCAAAUCAGCCAAACUGCCUCAAUUUUUGUAGUUUCUUCCAUGGAAAAUGCUUCUCAGCUUGCCUUCUGUAAGCUCCCAUGCUGAAUGCAAUGACACUCCCCAGUCACAACCGGCCCAGGCUUUCCUAACUCAUUCUCCCAAGUAUUUGUUCUAGUGACUACAUUAGUAGGUACCAAGCUCUGAGCCCGUUUCCAGAACAAUGUAUGACAUGCAACAUGACCUUGGCCCUGAGAAAGGAAAAGCUCCUGAUUAUCCGCUCUUUCUACAUGAAAAUUCAUUUCGUUUUAUUGCAUGAGUGAAGUUUAUCUUUGCAGUAUGAAAUUUGGGGGUCGGGGAUUCCAGGAAUCAAACUCAGGACCUUGCACUUGCCAGGGAAGCCCUGCACAGGUGAGCAUUACACGCUUAGCCUCUAUGCAGUAUGAGAUGAUACCAAGUUUUUCCAGAGUCUAGCGCCCCCCUGAGGAGGAAACCAGUCUUUCUAGUCCCUCUGCUCCUGGAGGAGCUACUUUAAAAAAAAAAAAAAAAAAACAGUUGCAUGCUAUGGGACCUUCUAUAAUUUCCCUUCAGUCUUUGGGGUUCUAUUUGUUUAGAAUUUCUGUAAUGUGUUUUCCCUCCUCCCAUACUCAAGUCCUAGUUCUCUUCUGUCCCAUCUAAUUGCUGAACUUUUUUUUUUAAAUACACACACAUCUUACAGGAAACAGAAGUUUUGUUAAGUCUAAGUUUGACAUUUAGAAGAAAUAAGGAUUUUCUGCCUUUGUCAAUGGAAGUCAACCACGUAUGAACUAUAGCUCUGCAGAGGCUAUGAAUGCAUCAUUUACAAACAAUAAUGAGUAUUUAGCCCUGUAAUAAAGAAAGUGCUGUAGCCAGUUUUGCUGCAUCAUUGCAUAGUUACCUCUUGCUAAAGAGCCACUCCUCACUUCUCACUGACGUGGGUGAAAAAUGGAAAGCAGUAUGUUGGCUCCACCAAGAAAAAUGUUCCAGAUGUGUGCGCUCAACCGGCAAAUAGCUCCGCAGGUCAUCACCUCCCUAAUGGGCCACUGGGAUUAACUUGUUCAUGGUGGGAGGAUCACGCUCUCACCUGGAGCCAGGGCCUGUGCAGAGAUCAUUAGCGUCUGAGCAGAGCAGACUCCAAGAGGCUUGAGGGGCAAUUACAAAAUAAAAUCACGUAGAACAAAGCUACGUGAAUGAGUUCAUGUCAUUCCAGCACAUUAAUCAUCCACUCCGCCUUGUGCCAAGAUCUUGUUCACGUCACUGAAAAGUGUCUCUUUGCUGUAGGAUUGAAUAAAACUAUACAGAAACCAGGAAUAAAAGGGCAUAGGAAUCUAGAGAAGUAGCCUUUGAUGGUCUGGACACCAAGGAGCAACUGAUUUCCACAUAAAGCCAGAGUCUUCACUUUCUAGAGUUAGAAAAGUUUUCAGAGGAGGUGGGGAGAUAGCUCUGUGGUUUAAGUCACUGCUUGGCAAGCACAAGAACCCAA